GUCAAAGUUUAGGGGUGUUCACCGAUGUUUCUUGGCUGAGUUCACAAAAAGUGAAAACAAUCGCGUUGUUAUAAUUGGGAGUUUCCCUCGGAAAUUGUAUAAUGUAGAUCCACGUGCUUCCAUUGAAGUAGUCAAGAGUUACAUUUGAACAAGCAUGUGGUAUGAAAUUGGAGAGUUUUUGAGCUGAGGAUCGGGAAGAAUUGGACAGGCAAAAUGAGAUACUCCGAGCAAGAACUGUUUCGCAUGGCUUGCUCGGCCACUACCGAGGCAACCAUGAAAGGACGGCUGUUUUACAAGGGGAUACAGCAGGGGAAAUUGCGGCCCGUCCGUGAAUUACAGGGACAGGCAUUCCGGGAGCGAGAGUUCCGACUUCAAGGCAAUUUCCUGUUUUAUUACAAGCUAGCUGAAGAUAGGCGAUCGCCAGAGCCUCUGGGAGCUCUCCUGUUGGAACGCUUCACCGUCCAGCGAGAAAUGGCUGCGGAGAAAGGCUUCGUCUUCUCAAUAGCAUUUCAGGAGGACAGAGAGAGGAAGCACUUCUUCUUGGCUCCCUCGGCUCAGCUGUGUGACCAGUGGGUGCAGGCGAUCCGCAGCGCCAGCUACGAACAACUCAAGUCUACAUGGAUCAUGCUUCGCAGUAAAAUCAAGAGGUUGACAGAUAUGCAACAAGCAACUGAAACUCAGCAGAAACAACUGCAGCAACAAAAGCUGCAACAGCAACAACAGCAGUUGCUGCAGCAACAGCAGAAACAACAACAGCAACUAUUGCAGCAACAACCCCAGCAACUAUUGCAGCAACAACCAAUUGCACCCACAAUGCAAGCAGCUGCCAGACCCCCACCAGCCAGACCACCCCCACCCAGACCACCACCACCUCAGCAAGCACUACCCCUCCAGCCAAGGAGGAACGCGCCCCCACCCCCACCCAAAGCAACCACCAACACCAGUACUCCACAGGAACCAGCAGAGGGACUCCUCAUUGACUUUUCCUAACCCUCCCUCUCUCCCAGGGUUUAGGACAGACUGAAAUUGUAAAGUACAUUGUAAGGGCUGCGAAAAAAAUCGUUGAGGGUUUACACCAUUCGUGUUACUUGCUGGAUACUCACAUGCUGUUGGAGUUGUGACGCCACUCAGAUGAACUUGGCGUGAGUGUGGUUACUGUUUCAUGUGCACUGCUGCAGCCCACAUAACCCUGCACCUUUGCUCGGUCCUCUCUGCUCAAUCUAGCUGCUGAUUGUAAAUGUCAUUCAUAAAAACGUAUGAAGGGAAUCCCGGUGUGGCAAAGCAUUGUGCUAAUGGCACUUGCCAUAAACAAUGUAGUUUGUGUGCAUGGCUUCAAAAAAAUGUAUUCACAAUGGAGCAAGGUCAGUGCCCUUGGAUAGGGUGGUGGGGACUAGUGAAACCAAUGCCUUUUUUAGGUUGUUCAAAAUUCCCAAAUUCCAAGUCUAAUACUUAAUUACUCAAUCUUCUUCAGGAAGCGAAAAUAAUCGUGGUAAUCACUAUUGCGGUGAAAUGUGCUGCAAAGCACUUUACCAUUCAACAGAUUUGAAACAGUCACUGAAUUUUGUGACUCGAGUUGAGUCAUUUAAAGGAAGUGACGCGUGUGCAGCAUGAUUUUUUAUUUUUGAAUAUAAUGAUUACAAAUUCGCGAAUGGAUGACAUUUGAACACAUGACUAUAAAAAAACUCUUACCAUAACCAGUAGGCAAACUUGCCAGUGUCUCCACAAAGGCAGCUUCCAAGCAUUUCAACUGCAUAGGUUUCAAAUACUGAAAAGUAGUGCCCCUCUCUUUAUUGAUAUUUGCCAGAGACCCUUUCGAAAUCAGCGAAAAUCAAAGCUCAUCACCACAGACACUGCACUUUAGUGGUAGCCUUGUUGCCAUUUUACAACAGGCUGGUUCCGCGCUAACAUUAUCGUUGGGAUUUUGUAUUCAGUGGACGGGAAUCAGACCUAGGCUAGUCCUGCAUAUAAUUUGCAUAUAUUAGGAGGAAAUCCUCCUAAUGUAUUUCUAUAUUACCCACUACCGGUCCCUACAUUCGAAGUCCGCAGGACAAUGGAGGGACCAGGUACCAGUCUAGUGACAGUCUGUCGGUGAGAUGGGUAACCAGUCUUAUUAACAAGAGACAGUCAGCCAGAGACUUCACUAAGUCUAAUUCAUGAAUGACAAGUCAGUCAGUGAGUUGGUCCAUCAGGUACAGCAAAAACCAACAAAUGCCCACGAUAGACCUGCUGAAAACCAGAGCCAAAUCCUCAGAUGACUACAGGGCGGUAGUCUUUCAACUACACUUCAUAUUAUUUGCUUGUAAAAAAAAAUUAAAAAUGGUCUUCCCAAUUUCAGCGGAAUAUGUGUGUUUAUGAUCAUUGCAGUGUACCUAAGAGAAUGGUAUAUACUGUGUAGUUUAUAUUUUAUUUACUGUAAAUAAAGAUACCUUAAUCACAAUGGUGGUAGUAUAUAUUGAGAGUAAUACUGUAAUCAUUUAAUAAUCCAUUAUUCCUUAUGAAUGAUUUCUUUCAAAUUUGGUUUGAAAUAUAUUAAGGAGUAAGAUGGGUACAUUUUGUUUUUUAAAUUCCAAGAUUUUUGGCAAGUCUCAAAUGUAUAUUUGAUAAACUGAACAUGUCACUUGCACAAUUUCACCUUGGUUUCUAUGAAUAAAUAAUAAUGGACAAAGGAAUCAAAACUGAUACUUGGCAUAUCAAAACCAGUUUUAUUCUUGUUUCAUGUCAUCAACCAUUCACUAAGGGAUAAAACAAGUUUGACAAUUGAUAUAAGAAACUAAAAAGCGUUGGUCUUUUUUUGGCACUACGACAUGGUAUUGUAUCCCCAAUAAUAAAAUGCAGAACUGAAAGUAAGAUAUAAAUAUCACACUACUGUAUUUAUAUGAACUACUUUUGUCUUAUUGUGACCCGGGGAAGCAAUGCCAACCAUCACUACGAUUUGCGACAACUCUGCAUAUAAAUGGUCGAAACAAAACUGAAAACCAAAUGCACAGGACUGAAUGAUAAAGGACAAUGAGGUACACAUGUAGUUGAUGUCUAUUUUCCUGUAGUCAUUCAAUACCCUUGGGGCAUUGGAACAGUUUGCUCUUAACUACACGGCAGUGGUUGAAGUAAUCCAUAUCCCCCUUCCUACAAAAAUGUGGGUGAUAUUUUGGGAGUAGACUUUUCCUGUUUUGUUUUUUUACAAUUUAGGUCAAUAACUGUCUGCAAACAAGCUGAUCCUCCAAAACAUCAUAUGCGCACAGAACUUAAAAUAAAACUGGUUUAUUUGGCAGUACAUGGUAUACACACUUGGAAAGUAUUAUCUUGUACAGUUCCUAUUUACACACUAGGCCCAAGACUUCAAAGUGUUCCGAUUUGAUACACAAGGAUGUCGUUUGUUUUUUUGCAUUAAUGUUACUUGCUAUGUAAGACUAAUUAUCCACACUUCUUCAGAUGUUUUGGGCCAAAAAA